UCUCCUUUUCUCUUAUCCUUGUAAUGACAACCUCAUCCAUUUAAUUUGCCAAGGCAAUGUGUUCAAUUUCUUUUUUCCUUGAUUAGCUGAUUAAAGAGAAAUUAGUGUAGAAUAUUAUUUUCUAGUAUGUCCUGUACAUAGACUAGGAGGUAACAAUGUGUAUUUCAGUGAUCUAUGAUCAAUCUUCCUCCCAUGCCAGUGCAUUAUUAGUGUGGAACUGCUCCUAGAUAAUUGAUAUUGAUAAAACUGACUGCGUAACUGGAAAAUGCUCAGUGGAAAUGAUAUAAAGAAAUUAUUGCAAGGAUAUCAGGAAAGCAUCUGGAUAUCUGCGGGAGUAUUACCUGCCAGUAUUCACAAUAAACUAAAAAAUAGCCCCUUGUUUAACCGUACAAAUAGAUUUUCUCAGUCUAUCCCAACUUUAUUGUGCUCAUUGAUAAAGCUACCAGUAACACCGAUAUUUUAUCAUUUUUUAUUGAAAUUGUGAGGAGAAGACUAUGAAUGCCAUCCAUUUUGACAUUUCCAUAUUAUGAAGGGUGCUCUCUUCCUAGUGUGAGUUAUUCAUCUGCGCUCAUUUACUGCACGAAAUAAGUGACUUCAUGACCAAUUAAGCUCUCUUCAUUUCGGACUAUCAUGUUUCCAACUAUUAGCAGCGUAACCACCCUUUCAUGUCAAGUUAUGUUUUACUGCUGCGUAGAUCCUUAAACUGUAGUAGAAUAUAUUCUUCAAGUGUUCUUCGUUUUGCCUAAUGCCCAAAGGCAGAGACAGUCCAACAAUGGGGAAUGGAGACUAACGGAAGGUUACUCGCCCUUCUUCCUCUUCCUUCUCUUAUGUAGCAAAUUUAAUCCCUUUUGUAUUAAGUGAAGGUAACACAUUUUCCCCCAAUGUUGUAUAAUGGGUUUGAACGUUUGCAGAUGUAUUUCAGGUUUAUUAUGUUUUAAGGUGAGGUAAGGUAUAGUACACGUUUUAUAACAUCUGCCCGCUGCCACCCUCUUUCGCCGUCUAGAACGCAGCUACUUUUUCAUCGUAAAACAAUGAACCUUAAUUUUGCAGGUUACAAAUUUGAUGAGCUUGACCGUAACUCGGUCAGUUUACGUUUCCAAUUCGCUCGCAACCCCGGUGCGAGGUCAGGUGGAGGGCAUCGUGGCAAGCGUUGACUUAUGCAUUCUACAGGAAUCGCUUGUAUUGGGGACGUUGUGUUUGUGAGAGGCAAGUGACCACCCUUGCAGUCGAGAAUUCCGAUUACUUUCGUUAGGAUCAAGUUGAACCUUUUGAAAUUCGUCCGCUAUUGCGCUCGUUAGAGAUUGAGACUAUGGCUUGUUCUAGAAAACUGUCUAAUUUAUUUAAUAUAAAUUUCACUGAAUUGUCUUGUUUGGUACAAGUUCCGCUUCUUUAAGGUGUUUUACCGCUCUUGCGAAUAUCUGACAAUAAGACGCAUGUUUUCCAUAUACGUUUCUUGUGAGCCUUUUAGAUAUUUAGUAUUGUUUUUUUACUGAUAUUUAUUACUAUUGGUUAUAUUUUGCUAAGUUGUUCGAUGACUUUUAAUUGUGGGGUUGUGGCGAAUGAUACAAGUAAUGGCUCACCAAUACUUAUUUGUAUUUAAUUUUAAAUUAUUGCAUAUCUGCCUUCCUAGCUAAUACUGCAUUUAAUAGAUGCAUAAUCGGUUUGAUCUUUUCGGUAUUCCGUCACGGUGUUAGUUGGUAACUACCAGGUUAUUCUUUUCCUUUCCGAUGAAGUUUUCUAGCCAUUCUUGAAAACACAUAAAGUAUGGAAUAUUACUUUUGAUUCUUAGAUUUCUAUGUUCCAAUUUGUUAGUCUUGGAUUUGCAGAUGUGAUUUUUUUGGAUAGUUGUGCUAGUGGGGCAUUAAAUUUUAAUGGAGGUUAUUCUUGAUCUGUUAUGAUAGUUCUGUGAGUAUAGCCCUCAUGCUCAAUUGAUUAGACCGGUGUUGGUAAAAACACACUUUAUUCUGCAAGAUUGCUGUUCAAUGUGAGCUGUCAAUUUGUACAGCAUUCUAAAAUAUAUCGAGGGAUGCUGUUUCUGGUAUUAAGUUAUCAUUCUUUGAAUUUUAUUGUUUUCGUGGUUUUCUUAACCUGUAUGUAAAUCCAAGUAAAUGUAAGUUGCGCCUAUUCUCACUUUGCACCUAAAGCAAGUGUUCACAUAUUGUUAUUCACUGCAUGAAGUUUGCUGAAGGUGCACUGCAGUUUAUUAGGUUUGUUAUGUACAAGGUGAAAUAGGAUUCCUGCAGUCAAUAAUUUCCUGCUGUCUAGCAGUCGGGACAUUGUUGACUCUCCGAUCUUGAUAUAAUGGCUCAAAAUAAUGCAUAUUUAAUAUUUAUGCUAUAAUUUAAAAACUUGAGAUUAAAUUUAGAUUGUUGGAUCUAAAUCAAUCGACUUCCAAUUUACAACAGCGUGAUUGUGUCAAUUUGUUGAUCGCAUCAAAUCAUGGUCCUGCGAUGUCUGUUGGCGCUUAGAAAGAAAUGAAAUUGAACUCACAGUGAAUUAAAAUGUUCUUGUAGUAAAGAUAUUGCUGGAUGGAUUUUUUUUCUGUUACGAUGUUUACCUUGUUUGUCAUUCCCCGCAUCUGAGAAAUUGAGUGGUUGUGAAACAAUCAAGGAGAGUCUCUAAAAUCUGAGUUGAAUGAGUUUAAACUUACAGUGAAAUACAAAUAACUCCAGCAUCUUCUUCAUUUUCUUUCACCAAAUUGAAACAACUUAAGUGCCGGUGAUUAAGCUCUUCCUUUUCAUUCUCUUUCACCUGUUUCAACCCAAACAAUUCAAACCUGUUUCAACCCAACAAUUCAAACCGUUCUUGACAGAGACUAAAAUUUGCUGGCGGACGGACUGAGAUUCGUCGGCCGUCAGACUUCUUUGGAUGGAGACUCCACCCCUUAAGGAGACUGCAAAUAAGUGUAGCAUAUGGGUUUGUUUCUUGUUUUUGGCUAAUGGUGUUGACCUAAUAAUAUAAUUCAUAUUAUGUGUGGCCACAAGUUUUUAGACAAUUUCAUGUGACAUUGUUUUCUUUAAUGUUUUCAUUCAUUAAGCAUGUUUGGAAGAAUGAAAAGGCGAUGUGACAAUAUACUGUUUCUCGUCAACUCCAAUUUGUGGGGUUAGUUCAGAUGGGCGUAACCAUCCAUUAGAUUACAUGUUUCUGUUUCUAUUUUUUUCAUCCAUUGUUUUCUUUUAUUUUUAAUACUGGUUUACUGUUUCUGUUUUUUUAGAUGAUAUAUGUUGAUAAAUGAUUAUAUUUUGGUUUAAUUCAAAUCACUAUUCAUUUUAAUAUGACAGAUAUAUUAGUAUAUAACUGGUCCAAUCAUGGCUUCAUAAUAUGCAUAAUAACAUGUGCACAAUAGCUUCUUGAACCUUGGAAUACAUGAUUACUGUGGGAAAUGUUGCAAUAUGUCUCCAAUUAAUAUUAAUAUCAGACGAAUCAAAUUAGGGAAAGGGUUCUCCCAAUCUUACAAGAGUACGGUUCAAUUUAAGCCAUUUAAGGGACAAAGGGUCUCUGGAUUAAAAAGAAUGGAGAUUUUUAAGAAACUUAUCUCAAAUUCUCUCUUAUUAAUUGGGCACAAAAGGAAUAUCAAGUCUUUUUUUUCUCAUAAGAUUAAAAAAUAUGGUUAAAAUAAUAAAUUUGUUAACAUUAUGUGUUAUUUUUAUAUAAACAAAAUAAAAAGUGUAUUUUUAAUCAAGAGACCCUUUGUCCCUAUCUUUCAAGUUUCAAUUACUUGAUUUUGACCCCUCAAAUUUGUUCCCUUUUAUAUUUGAUAGUCCCCUAAUGACAUGUAGAUUAAACUUUUUUUUAUUAUUUUACUUUUUCUCUCUUUUUUUUAUUCUUCUUUACAAUUCUAUUUCUUUUAUUUUUAAUAGUUAGCUUUGAAUGUAAUAUCUAGAAAUUUUUUAAAUAUUUUAUUUAACGUAUGUCUAAUGGUAAAAAAAUUGAUCACUAGUUAAUUAAAAUAACAAAUUCUUUGUCCAAUAACCCCCUCAUAUUUAAGUAUAAAAUUUCGAAGUCUAAUAUUUUUUACUAAAAUAAAUACUCAUUCGUUCAAAUUGAUGGGGUACAUUGUUGUAAAAUAAUUUGCCAUAAUGUUGAAUGAAAUAAAUAAAAAUUUUAAAAUAUUUUGCUUAAAGUUUAACUAUUAUAAAGUUAAAGUUUAGCUAUUAUAAAGAGAAGAAAAAUAGAAUUGAAGAGAAGAAAAGUAGAGAAAAAAGUAAUAAAAGAAAAAAAAGUAAUAAAAAAAGGGUGACUCUACAUGUUAUCAAGGGGCUAACAAAUGGAAAAGAUAAUAAAUUUGAGGAGUUCAAAUCAAGCAAUUCGUAAAUUUUGUGGGUCAAAAUUAAGCAAUUGAAAUUUGGAAGACUAAAACUAAACUCUUAAAAAUUUAGAGGACAAAAAUCAAACAAUUAAAAUUUAGGAUCUGUUCUGGACUGGGCCGAGCAGGCCCAGCUCUUCUCGCCAGCCGAGCAGGCCCAAAUCAUUUGGGCCCAUUUACUUGAUAACCGUCACGAGUUAUUCACGCGCGAAGACCACGCGUCACGUUUCAGCGAAGGAUUCGGUCAACCAUCUCCGAAUCCUACGCCAUGCUCAUCCAGGACGUGAGUCUCCUGCUGACUCAGCCCUAACACGGGACGUUCUGGCAGUUCCCUAGCACGUGGGCCUCCAAUUGGAUUUGGCCCAAUUAGGGAACCUUGGCCCAGCGCUGGGGGUUAUAAAUACCCUCUUUCACUAGAGGGUCAGGUAUUCCAUUCUUCACUCUCAACCCUCAUUCUCUGAUAGCUACUAACUUAAGCAUCGGAGAACCUUGCAGGUACCCCCCCCCAUCUUGCUCUCCAAGCCAGAUUCUGCUGCCUUGACGAUUCUUCUGAUCAGGUACGAUCAGUGGCGCCGUCUGUGGGAAUCUGGCUCCCCCUUCUUUAACAAAGAUCAAAGCAUUACCUUUCACGAUCGUCAUGGCUAACAACAACAACAUCCCAAACCCUGAUCCCUUCCUCCUGGAACAGCUGAUCGAAGAUUCCACCCGCGAGGUGACGAAUCGUCGUCGGCAGGAAGGACCACAACAUGCUCUUGCCGGACAGAGAAGGCCGAGACAUGAGACCUCGCAACCCCGGAGGCAACAGAUUCAGAACAUCCAACAUGUGCACAGUUUUCAGCAAGUUCAGAACGUCGAACAAGUUCCUCCCGAGGGACACGUUCAGAACGGGGAAGACGAGCAGACUCGACCCCAGACUGAACCUGAUCGACCCCAGAACGAGAACGAGACCGACGCCAGAGAUGGACAUGCUGCCUCCUCAUUCACCCACACCUCUGAGAGGCGAAGAGUUCAUAGCAAAGACGAGGAAGAGCAGAUCAACAUCCCCGAGGGCGCUGAUCCUACAGCCAUCCUCCUACUCAAAGAGCUGCAGAGAACUAACCGUCUCAUCCGCCAACAGGGCGACCGCAUCCACGAGCUGGAAAGGAAGCGACGAUAUCGUUCCCCUCCGCGGAGACGCCAUCGGUCACGUUCCUAUUCCUCUUCGCGCUCGCCUCCAAGGAGAUAUCGCAAGCGCUCCCCGUCCUCGUCUCGUUCCCCGCCUAAGAGGAACCGUCGCCAGAGGUCUUACUCCCGCUCUCCACCUCGAAAGAGUCAGAAAAAUCAGAAGCCUGAAACCACUGAAGCCAGGAGCCUCUCACCCGAGCAGGAACGUCGAGGCCCCUCCAAAGCUGUGUUGAAACCCCGCGAGCAUUCUCCUCCAAAAGACAACCGCAGAAUCUCGGGCAAAACACACACAAAACCCAAGCGGGGCAGACAUUCAAACUCCCCGGGACCUAGCGACGAAGAAGAUUUCCGCAGUCCUUUGUCCGAGCACAUCCGGCGAGUUCGUCUUCCGCGGGGUAUGGAAAAACCACCCGUCUUGGAUCAGUACGACGGAACCACCGACCCCGACGACCACAUAAGGAGCAUCGAAGCUGUCAUGGACUACCAUGUUGUCCGGGGAUCCAUCAAGUGCCGCAUCUUUCCGACCACCUUAAGGAAAGGAGCGAUGACAUGGUACAGGAAUCUGCCUCCUGACUCGAUCCACUCCUGGACUGAACUGAAAGACCUUUUCCUAAGCCACUUCACGGCGUCUCGUCGGCAACCAAAGUCGGAGGCGAACCUUGAAGCGGUAAUCCAAGGCACCAACGAACCUCUAAGAGAUUACCUCGACAGGUUCAACAAAGAAGUCGUCCAAGUGCAGACGACAUACUACAUGAAGAGGUACCUCCUAGAACGGGGGCUCCUCCCCGGAAGUGACUUUAAGAAGGCCAUCAAGAUUGAGAAGGUCCACUCCAUGAACGCCCUCCUUCGCAAAGCUCAAGCUUUCAUCGCAUUCGAGGAAGGAGAGGCUGCUGCCAUCAAAGCCUCGCGAGGUAAUGACACCUCUCGCAGUUCAAACUAUGAGCACUCAGGCUCGAGGCGAGGGCAUGAAAAAAGGAAAGACUACAGGUCUCUCGACAUCAAAGAGCGCCGAGGACCUUCUGGUCGCUUCAACGACUACACCCCUCUGAACGCCUCAUGGGAGAGGAUCCUGGCCGAAUGCCAAAACACCGACUUCAAGAAGUCGAACAUCAGGCCCCCGAAGUCAAACCCCGCGAGGCCAGGAACCGACAAAUCAAAGUACUGCAAGUACCAUAAGAUUCACGGACAUCUGACUGAGAAAUGCAUUCAUCUCAAGGAUGCCAUUGAAACACUAAUCAAGGAGGGUCGCCUUUCGAGGUACACAAAAAAAGGGGAACCUUCCCAAAGGGACGACCAAAGAAACUCUGACGAGGGGAACUCGCCGGAUAACAGGCCCCUGCAAGUAGCCCUAUCCGUCACCCGACCAGAAGAUUUCAUACCAUCAGUCGGGAUGUCUGCCACAUUCAGCAAAUGGGAAACAUUCCCAUUCGCCAUGGUCGUCUCCAACGGGGGGGAUCCAGGCUCCCUCACCAUCAGUUCAGUGAAGAGAAAGUUCGAUGAAUUGCUCAGCGCCAACGCGGACCUCGGCCCUACACUGCGAAAAUUCCGGGGAAAGUCAGAGCCAAUCACCUUCUACCUAGAAGAACUGCCCGGCGGAGCUCCGAACGCCACAAUUCCCCUGCUCGUCUGUUGCACCCCAAAAUUUGCCCGUCUAAUUUUAUUUAUAAUUGGCUUACUGCUUUGCAUUCAUGUGCAUACUUUCAUUAAGUCAUCCAAUGCAUCAUAUUUCAUUAGUCAGUAAAAACUUA